GCGUCCAUAGCAAUAUUACUAAAGUCUCGAUUUUCCUCCAAUAAAUUCAUAAAUGGAUCAACAAAACCUGUAGGUUUAUCAAAGAUACUCAAUGAGGAUUUUCUCGGAGAAAAUCCAUUGACAACAGGAUUUUAUAAAGGUCCAAUGACAGUUAAUGUCAAUAAAAUGGCGGAAGAAGACGCAAAGAUGUCGUCAGAAACGACUAUUACUUCUCCUAGUGAGGGCAGGCGUAUCGACAGAGAAGAAGAGAAUAAGAUGCCGGAAAGAACUGAAGAUAUUGCUGUAGGAGCAGAGGAUGAAGAAAAAGAAGUUGCUGAAGAGAAUGGAAAAGAAAAUGAAGACAAUAAUGAAGCAGGGAAUUUGCAAAACAUCGAAGCAAAGGAUCCAGAAGAGUUGACUGGAAAAGAUCGUCUUGUUCUGUACGAGAAGGGUGUCAGACUUAAGAGGAAAGGGAACAACAAGCAUGCUUUACCAUGUUUCUUGAGCUGCUUACAAGGACUAAAGGAGAGAGAUCAUUUUCCUGUCUUACCAGAAUGUUUGCAUAAUAUUGCAGAAAUAUACAGUCAAGAAGAAGAAUAUGAGGCAGCUAUUCAGUUUGCUCAAGCAGAAAAACUCUACUACGAAACAGCAUUAAUCACAGUUGACAACAAAGCUGAACUUGACGCAAAUGCUAGCAACAUUGACAUCACAUCAUCAGAGGCAAGAGGUUCUCCAUCUGCCAACUCCACUGAUGCACAGAAAGCUGAAGAAUAUGAAAAACUUGCUCACAUGUGCUUAAAACAACAAAACCCACAACUGGCCCUUGACUACUGUGCUAAGGCAGUAAAAUUACAACAGUCUUGCUAUGGAGAGCAGCACCCAGUAACCCUGAAGACACUAGACUUGUUUACUGUGAUAUAUGCAGAGAUGGGCAAGCAGCAGUACAAAGCUGCAUUGGAAAAAUUCUCUGCUGCACAAGAAAAAGAAAAGGAGGCAAAAGCCUCUAAAAAAACUCCAAAUGAGAAUGCAGGCCCUACUGAAGAUGCCACACAAGAAAAACAUCGUAUUAAAGAAAGUGAUCAAACUACUCGUACUGAGAUGGAAGAUGUGAAGCAAGGACACAAACAAGAACAAACAGAAAGUACAACAGAAGAAACUACUUCAACAUCACAAGAUACAGUAAAGGUCACCAUGACAUCUUCACAGGCAUUGAUGCUGUACUUCAUCAUAACCAUUCUACUGGCUGUUAUACUGACCACUGGUUUGUGCUACAUGACCCAAACAGAUCUCACAACCACUUACAACUACAUGAUAACAAGAAUCCGCUUCUAUUAUUAUUACUACUUCAAAAGAAAUGGAUCAAAUGGACAUCAGUAUUUUUAGACCUACAACAUGUCGAUAGAUUAUUAGCUCUCUUAGAACUUAGUAAGAGGCUCAUCAGUUUUUAAAUUAACUUUUAAUGCUUAAAAGCAUUUUCAUCUACAAAUUAGAGGUGUAUGAAUGCUGGGACAAUCUUUGCUCACUCUUUUCACCACCUUAUAUUUGACUAAAAUGUGAGAAAGUGGUGUCUUUGUCAACAGUCAUCUUUUCAAUCAAAUAAUAUACAUGGGAUGGGGAGGGGGGGAGACAUUUACUAAAUUUAGACUAAAUUUAAGGUGUGGUGUGACAUGAUAAGACUGGCUCUGACCACAGGGUGACCAUUUUGUUCCGUAACAACCACUCUUGAUCUCAGUUUAAACUUUUAAUAAAUAGGUUGUAACAAAUUCCAGUAGUAAAGGAUAGAGUCACAUGUCACUGUUACCAUGUGAACUCGUUUUAAAUCAAAGCCCUUGUCUCUAAAGGGACAUGUCAGUGUUACAUGGCAACUUGUCUUAAAUCAAAGCCUUGUCUCUAACUUGCA